UGGCCAAGUGCCGUAAGGCGGAGCUUAGGUCAGGACGGAGCAGAGGGUCGCUGUUCGUGCUCUUCCUCGCUGCUCUUCAACAGACAGACAGACAACUGCAAGCUCACUGGUGUGCACUUACACAGGGUGGAUUUGAGUGCACCGUGUGGGAAGAACAGGCUGUGACUUUGUCAUACAACAUCCUGUGACCAUGGCCGCAGCAAAGAAAAAUGGAGUGAAUGUGGGGGAAAAGCCAUCCGACGGCACAUCUCAAGCAUCCUUUGACGGGAGACGGCGUGACUCUGUUGUCAUGGUGAUCCCAGAGAAUGAUGGCAACUUCAAAGUCAAGGUGGGUUUCCUGAAGACCCACCACUGCUAUGAAAUUACCUUCACUCUGCCAGAGGUCCCAGGUCUGGGGAAGGACGUGUGUCCGGCUCCAAUGCCAAGUUCACACCUGUGCAUAACCGACAUUACACCUGCACCUGAAGGAGGCCUCAAGGUAACAUGCCAGUACAUGACCCAGGAGGAGGGGGUGCUGUGUGAAGAGGUGCAACUGGUCAGCAAGACCAAAAGUGAUGUGUGUGUCAGAGUCAAAAUUCAUGCCAGAGUUAUAGACCGUCACUAUGGCACGGCCACGCUGCUGGAGGGAGUCCGCUGCCUCGCGGUGGCGUUGGAGUACGUCUGCCAGGAGCCGACAUAUGAGAUAGUCUACCAAAAACUCUAGACCACACACUUUCCAACAUGUUUUUAGUCCUCCCUGCUUCAAUUUGUUGUCACGGCGACUAUAGCAUCCUGUGAGCCAAAGCAAAGCUUCCUUUGGCUGAAUGUUAUGACAACUGCACUUUAGGAACUGUUCCAAAGUUGCAAACCAUCAUGUGUUUUGUCCUCUUCCUAAACUGUUUCGUCAUUUUUCCGAAUCACAUUUCUAAUGUGUUCUAGCAUAUCACAAAAUUAAAAAAAAAAUAAUGAUGCUCCAGUCAAUAAAGUGCCAAAUGAUGAACCCACAGUAAUUAAUUGUUUAGUCUCCCUUUCUAUUGCGACAUGACUUUUUUGGUUUUGAUUUUAAUGAUUUUAUAUAUAUAUAUACACAAAACUGCCUCUAGUCCUCCUGCAGUCAUCCUGUGUGUCAAUGUUCCUGCCAAACAAACUCUGCAUCUUCUUUUUCCAUUUCUUUUUUUUUGAGGUGGGUGGGGAUUAUUCUAAAAGUCAAAUUUUCCCUCUCUUUAUUCCACAAGCAACUCCUGUUGUCUCCCCGGUAGUCUUCAGGAUCUGUGAUCUGAAAGAAAUCUCUGUGUGCACAAGUGAUAGAGUUCUUAUUUUCCCCCUGGUCAGUCAAAUUCAGCCCCCUGAGCUUUAGGUGCUGCAUCAAGGGGCUCAGCCAAAGAUGCAUUCGAUUGGAUUUGGUAAGGUCUGAAACCAAAGCUGAGAGCAAAGGUGAACAUAUUAUCAGCAAAGAGAGAAAGAGAGACUGUCACUAGUGAAGGGUCCACUAAAUGCACAGUCUAG